AUGUCGAGUCCAAGUUUGGUGGACGGGGCGGACGAUGAAAGCUCAUGUAUCGUGGAGAGACUGUGUGAGACCGACCUCGCUGAGAGCAACCUUGCCGAAAGUGAUAGAGACUCGGUGGCGGAGAGCACCGACUGCCGCCAGGAUGAGGAGGCUGCAGCAAUGCACGACGAUGUCGUGGAGGCCGGUGGGAGUGAGAAGACCGAGGAGGAGGCCCGGGCUGGGGAAGAUGAGGACGAGGCGGCCCCAGUACCUGAGGUGGAGGAGGAGGAGGAGGCGGGCCGGCCCCGUGGAAAUGGCCAGCAGGAGUCCCCAGCCAUCGCCUGGGCUGAGCCGGAAGACGAGCCUGGCCCCAAGGUGGACGGGGCGGACGAUGAAAGCUCAUGUAUCGUGGAGAGACUGUGUGAGACCGACCUCGCUGAGAGCAACCUUGCCGAAAGUGAUAGAGACUCGGUGGCGGAGAGCACCGACUGCCGCCAGGAUGAGGAGGCUGCAGCAAUGCACGACGAUGUCGUGGAGGCCGGUGGGAGUGAGAAGACCGAGGAGGAGGCCCGGGCUGGGGAAGAUGAGGACGAGGCGGCCCCAGUACCUGAGGUGGAGGAGGAGGAGGAGGCGGGCCGGCCCCGUGGAAAUGGCCAGCAGGAGUCCCCAGCCAUCGCCCGGGCUGAGCCGGAAGACGAGCCUGGCCCCAAGGUGGACGGGGCGGACGAUGAAAGCU